AUGAACGAGAUCUCUGUUAGCAUUACUCAGACUGAAACCAUCGUCUCCGAUCUCGAAGAUGGUAGAACCGGUCAUCGUGGUUCCCACUCACCGGUUUCCUCUGGUCCUCUUGUAUCCGUAUCAUUUGCUCAAAAGUUGGUUGGAGAGUUCGUGGGGACAUUCACUAUGAUAUUUGCCGGAUGCUCGGCCAUUGUGGUAAAUGAGACGUACGGUAAACCGGUGACACUUCCCGGUAUAGCUUUGGUUUGGGGACUAACCGUAACGGUUAUGAUCUAUUCAAUUGGUCAUGUAUCCGGUGCACAUUUCAAUCCUGCUGUUUCUAUUGCCUUUGCCGUUUCUAAAAAGUUCCCUUAUAAACAGGUACCAGGGUACAUAGCCGCUCAAGUUCUGGGAUCGACCUUAGCGGCUGCAGCUCUACGACUCGUGUUCCAUUUGAACGAUAAUGUUUGUAGCCUAAAAGGAGAUGUUUAUGUGGGGACAUAUCCAUCAAACUCCAACACGACGUCAUUUAUAAUGGAAUUCAUCACUACUUUCAAUCUAAUGUUUGUUAUAUCUGCUGUUGCUACCGAUAAACGAGCCACCGGCUCAUUUGCAGGCAUUGCUAUCGGUGCGACCGUAGUGCUCGACAUCCUAUUCUCCGGGCCAAUUUCUGGAGCAUCUAUGAAUCCAGCAAGAAGCUUAGGACCUGCAUUUAUAUGGGGAUGUUAUAAAGACUUAUGGUUAUACAUAAUUUCACCGGUGAUUCUGGGUUUGAUCAGCGAUCAUUUUUGUUACUCUGUGGAAAUGGCUGUUGUUGCUUCUGCUCCUGGGAAGGUGUUGAUGACUGGAGGCUAUCUCAUACUUGAGAGGCCAAAUACAGGGCUUGUGUUGAGCACAAAUGCACGGUUCUAUGCGAUUGUGAAGCCGAUCAAUGAAGAAGUCAAGCCUGAUAGUUGGGCAUGGCAAUGGACAGAUGUCAAAUUAACAUCACCACAGCUCUCAAGAGAAAGCAUGUAUAAACUGUCACUCAAACAUUUGACUCUUCAGUGUGUGUCUGCAAGUGAUUCAAGAAACCCCUUUGUAGAGCAUGCUAUACAGUAUGCUAUAGCUGCUGCUCAUCUGGCAACGGACAAGGGCAAAGAAGCAUUGCACAAACUCUUCUUGCAAGGUCUUGAUAUCACAAUCUUAGGCUCCAAUGACUUUUACUCAUAUCGAAAUCAGAUAGAAUCGCUUGGGCUUCCAUUGACACCAGAAUCUCUGGGUACCCUUGCCCCUUUUGCAUCAAUCACAUUCAACGCUGACGAGUCAAAUGGUGCUAAUUGCAAGCCUGAAGUAGCAAAAACUGGCUUAGGUUCUUCUGCAGCAAUGACAACAGCUGUGGUUGCAGCCCUUUUACACUAUCUUGGAGUGGUUGACCUGUCCGAUCCAUGUAAAGAAGGAAAGUUUGGUUGUUCUGAUCUAGAUGUUAUCCAUAUGAUAGCACAAACAUCUCAUUGUCUUGCACAAGGGAAGGUCGGAAGUGGGUUUGAUGUCAGCUGUGCUGUCUAUGGGAGUCAGCGUUAUGUUCGCUUCUCUCCAGAAGUCUUGUCAUUUGCUCAGGUUGCUGUAACGGGUCUGCCGUUACAUGAAGUUAUUGGCGGAAUUUUGAAGGGAAAAUGGGACCAUGAGAGAACCGAGUUCUCUUUACCGCCACUGAUGAAUCUUUUCCUUGGAGAACCUGGAAGUGGUGGAUCCUCCACACCGUCAAUGGUAGGAGCUGUAAAGAAGUGGCAAUUGUCUGAUCCAGAGAAGGCACAAGAAAAUUGGCAAAAGUUGUCAGCUGCAAAUUUAGAACUGGAAAUUAAGCUAAACGUUCUGAGCAAAUUAGCCAAAGAACACUGGGAUGUUUAUCUCGGAGUCAUAAACUCUUGUAGUGUACUUACUUCUGAAAAGUGGGUGCUACAAGCUACUGAACCAAUCAAUGAAGCGAUUAUUAGAGAACUCUUAGGGGCAAGAGAAGCUAUGUUGAGGAUCAGAACUCUUAUGCGUCAGAUGGGAGAGGCUGCUAGUGUUCCAAUAGAGCCUGAAUCCCAAACUCAACUUUUGGAUUCUACAAUGAAUGCUGAAGGGGUUCUACUUGCUGGUGUUCCUGGGGCUGGUGGAUUUGAUGCCAUAUUUGCAAUUACUUUAGGGGAUUCUGGCAGCAAACUGACCCAGGCGUGGAGUUCGCACAAUGUUUUGGCCUUGUUGGUGAGAGAAGACCCACACGGCGUUUGCCUAGAGAGUGGUGAUCCACGCACCACAGGUAUUACUUCAGGCGUUUCAUCAGUUCAUCUUGAGUAA